CGUGGAAACAGCGAAGUAUUCAAAUCAGUGAGCGCAGUUCCAAAGGACCGGUAGGGGGCAGUGAUGUCCUCAGGUGGGGAGCGCAGGUUUGUUGAAGGGGGAGUGUGUUGUGUUGCUGUUGCACAAGCGCUCCCAUGUUGCGUCGUCUGGAAACCUGACGUGGAGCUCGACCGAGUCUGUCUACGGCCACGGCGGCGUGUGUGUGACUGAGUAUUCGGGUGGAUGUGUGUGUUUGCUGCGUGUGUGUAAGUGUGUUUGUGUCUGAGAGUGUGUGAGUUACGGCUCGGCACAUUUAAAAAGUGUCUGUAGUCUCUGUUUCUCUCUCUUCGCCGUCCACACACCGGAGCCGUCCCCACGCUGCCGAGUCCUCUCGGCCGGCCGCCGGUCACCAGGGAAUCCCGCUGUGACCGACACUCGGGCUCCGCCGUCAGGGGAAACGGCAAAGCUGGAACUAAACUCCAUUCACUGACUUGUAAGCGAUGCACUGGCAGCAUGGCCAAGUGGUUCAAGGAGCACCUAGGUUUCAAAACUACCAAAGCACCCCCUCCGGCGCCUCCCAAACCGGACUACCGACACUGUCACACCGGUGUGCCCACGGCGCCAGGCUUCCAGCAAACAAGCUCCGGGGUCACCUUCCCGAACCCGGCGCAGCCGGACAUAGUCGCUGCCUACAAACUUCAAAAAGAGCUCGACUUCGAGGAUCCCUACAGCACCGGUGCGAACAUUUCUUUCGGGACGACUUCCAACACCUCUCCGGAUAUCAAGUACGUGUCGCCGAAACACCGACUCAUCAAAGUGGAAACUGUAGAGAAGAGCAGCCCGGCACCGGGCGGAGGAGUCACCGUCGCCCAGACCGUGGCCGUGAGCAGCGUCAAGUCUCCCACUUCACCUGCCCCGGAGCACGACAACAAGGAGAAGCUCAUAAUCCUUGAAGACUAUGCAGAUCCUUUUGAUGCUGAGCAGGCAGGUGGCGCUCAGACCACCACAGAAAAAGUCACAACCGAGAACGACGGCUACAUGGAGCCUUACGAGGCCCAGAAGAUGAUGGCAGAAAUACGAUCCAGUGGCCGAGGUCCAAAGGAUGGGACUUUACGGCAGCUUCCUCUUUAUGACACGCCGUAUGAGCCGGCUGAGAACGGAGGUCCCGCUGACGCAGACCCUGAAAACCCCCGCUGCCCCAGAGAGAGCCGACUGCCCCGCGAUGACGAGAGACCCCCUGAGGAGUACGACCAGCCGUGGGAGUGGAAAAAGGAGAGGAUUUCCAAAGCAUUUGCAGCUCUGCUUUGUUAUGACUGCAUUAGCUACGAGGGUUCUGUUUGUGGCACUGGAUCAGUUCCCCACAGAAGAAUGGACUGCACUAAAACCCUCACAGUAGAGAUUAAAGUGAUCAAGGACCUACCGUGGCCCCCACCUGUCGGGCAACUCAACACCAGCCCUCCCCUAGUGGAGGAGCUGGAGUCUCCCUCCCAGACAGCUCAGCCCUCGCCAGGACAGACGAGCUGUGACCAGCACCACCAGGUCCAGUUCGAUGGUUUGGAAAAGUCUAGAAUGUCUCCAACCAAGGACGGAAAAGUUCGUCCACUGCAGCGACACUCCAGCAGCUGUCUGGUCAACACUAAGAUGACAUCACUGGACCAGAGCAGCUCCUCAGUGGGCGAGCGAAUCGACCCCUCGAUGCCCCUGGAAAACCAGUUUUGGUACCAUGGAGCCAUCAGUCGGACCGACGCGGAGUCUCUGCUCAGGCUGUGUAAAGAGGCCAGUUACCUGGUGAGAAACAGUGAGACCAGCAAGAACGACUACUCCCUCUCCCUCAAGAGCAGCCAGGGCUUCAUGCACAUGAAGCUGUCGAGGACCAAGGACAACAAGUACAUCCUGGGUCAGAACAGCUGCCCCUUUGACAGCGUGCCUGAAAUCGUCCACUUCUACUCCAGCCGUAAGCUGCCCAUCAAGGGCGCCGAACACAUGUCCCUGCUCUACCCUGUAGCCAUCAGGACACUAUAGUGCCGCUUCCCUCAGCACUCACUGGACCACCGCGUGGCUCAUGGGAAGAGGAACGAUGAUGUCAGAGCCACUGUCUCGUUCUUGUGUGUCUAUAAUUUUAUUUUAAAGUAUUCUUUUUUUAUUUUAUUUUUAUUUAUGACAGUCACUCUGCUUAACUCCGUCACAGACUGAUGAACAUUUCACUCUGGACCUAGGGUUUUCCUGGCACUUAGCAGUCAAAGAACAUGAGAGGUACAAUAAUGUGUGGUUUGUCACUGAGAUGUACCUUUAUCUGUACACGCUCCUUAUUUUCCCCUCGCUGCUGAAGCUUUGCUCUCAUUGUUGCUCUUCUGUGAGGGUCCUGGAGGUUGUCACACUCCGCUGAAGCAAAGGGACUUUUAUGAGGCGUAUUAAAGGAUAUUGUCCACAGGGGCGCUGUUCACCGGCCGGGAUAUUGAAUAAACUCGCCGCGUUCGAACGCCGCGCUGCAGAGAAACAACAGUCCUGCGGGUGGCGCAGAUUGAUCUCUCUAUCUUGUCAUAGUGCAUGCUGGGUGUCUAUCCAUCACUGGGGGGUGUAUCACAUGAGUGACAGUGUAAGUACCCUGGUGGUGAGACAGGCAGGAGAACAUGAUGGAUGGGUCCUCUCAUCCGACACAAUACGACCGGUCCGGGCAAAGAGACCAGAGCCUGUCCACAAUGAC